AUGGACAGAUUUGUAAUUCGAAGGAGAAAAAGUACUUCUCCAACACCAGGUCCUUCAUCAUCACAAAUUCCUUCUCCAAUACCAAGUCCUUCAACAUCAGCAUGUAGUUCAAGUGAAUUGCCUAUGGAAAUAGAAGAAAGACUAAGUGAAAUCUGUGAUGACAGGCAAAAUGAUAUUGUCUCUGAAUCUGAAUCAACAGCACAAAAAAAACUUAAACGUUCGUCAUCUACUCCUAACAUUAAAAAAUUAUCAGAAAUAUUUUUAUGGCUUGAUGCAACUAAAGAAUAUUUAUUUUGUAAAUGUUGCAAUGUGAAAUUAACUGACAACAAAUUUCAUUUAAGCCGACAUGACAAACAAGCUACUCAUAUAAAGAACUAUGGCGCUGCAAAAAAGAUGCCUAGCAUCAAAGCAGCUGAAUUGAAACUAUGUUGCUAUAUAGCAGACAAAAAAUUACCAAUGCUACUAAUGGAUACACUUCCAUUAUUAAAUAAAGAGCUGUAUCCAGAUUCUAAUAUUGCCAAAAAUCUUAAAAUAAAAAGAUUAAAGGCAACUAAACUUAUCACUGGAAUAUUGGGGCCAGCUUUUAAAGCAGAAGUAGUAAUGGAUUUAAAAUUAGAGAAAUUUUCCAUAAUAAUUGAUGAGACCACUGAUGUGAGUUCAAAAAAAUCUUUGGUUAUUGUGGUUAGAUAUUGGAAGGAAGGGAGAGUCCAAGAUCAGUUUUUUGAUCUAGUAGCAGUUGAAGAUGCAACAAGUGAGGCACUUUUCAAUAUAAUUAAAAAUAUUUUAAGUGUGAAUAAUAUACCUUUCGAAAAUAUUAUUGGCUUUGGGUCCGACAAUGCGAGCACUAUGAUGGGAACUGUAAAAGGUGUCCAAGCAAGAUUGAAAGAAAUUUUACCACAUAUUUAUGUGCAAGGAUGUACUUGUCAUUCCCUUCAUCUCUGUUCUUCGGCUGCUGCAAAAAAACUCCCCAACAAUGUGGAACGAUUCACUAGGGAUAUAUACGCUUAUUUUGCUCAUAGUAAUAAGCGACUAUCUGAGCUUAAGGAGUGCCAGAUAUUUGCUAAUGAAAAGCCACAUAAGAUGCUGUAUCCCAGCCAAACUCGAUGGUUAUCUUUGAAGAGUGUUGUUGAUCGAAUAUUAGAGCAUUGGAAUUCAUUGACACUAUUCUUCCAAAGAGCAGUCUUGGAAGAUAAUCUGCCCAGUGCUAAAAGGUACGUUUUAGACCUUACAAAUAAGGUAAAUAUUGAAUUCCAGUCAGAAAGUCCAAAAUUACCAAUUUUGUUAAAUAGAAUUUCUGCACUGUAUAAAACCUUAUAA